CUUUGUUUCAUUGAUGUUACACUGUGUUUCAUUGAUGUUACACUAUGUUUCAUUGAUGUUACACUAUGUUUCAUUGAUGGUACACUAUGUUUCAUUAAUGUUCAAUUGUGUUUCAUUCAUGCUACACUUUGUUUUCUUAAUGUUAUACUGUAUUGCCUUAAUGUUACACUGUGUUUCAUUAAUGUUACACUGUGUUUCAUUAAUGUUACACUGUGUUUCAUUGAUGUUACACUGUGUUUCAUUAAUGUUACACUGUGUUUCAUUGAUGUAACACUAUGUUUCAUUAAUAGCCUUCAUGUUACACUGUGUUUCAUUAAUGUUACACUGUGUUGCCUUUCAUGUUACACUGAGUUUCAUUAAUGUUACACUGUGUUGCCUUCAUGUUACACUGAGUUUCAUUAAUGUUACACUGUGUUGCCUUCAUGUUACACUGUGUUUCAUUAAUGUUACACUGUGUUGCCUUCAUGUUACACUGUGUUUCAUUAAUGUUACACUGUGUUGCCUUAAUGUUACACUGUGUUACCUUAAUGUUGCAAUAUGCUUGGAGAAAUGCGAAUGUAGAUCAUCUUGUAAGACUGUAAACAUUGAACACAAUACAGAGCAAUGCAAUACACAAAACACAUUCUAAAUUAUGAAUUUAUUGUUUUGUCUUCUUAUUCUUGGCAGGGCACCCUGAUAUAUGUUUGUAUUCAUUUGACACAUUCCAGGGAGUAAUGUUUCAUAGAUCAGUGUUCCAUAGAUAAUUAUGUCACCACCAAAAAGUGGUGACAUAUUGUUAUGGUCUCCGUUUGGUUUACGGCGGGUGCUGGUUGAUAGUUGGUGGUUGACAGUUGGCG